UUCCAACAAAUAAUAAAAAAGAUAACUAAAACAUAUUUUAAUUUAUUUUCAAAACAAUAUUAAAUAAAUAAGAAAAUAAAUAACCUAAAAUCUUCAUCAUCGUCUCCAACUAUCCGAUCCUAGCCCCAACCGCUUGUGAUCCCAGUCCCAACUCCGAGGGCAACCAGCGAUCAGCUACUCCCCCUCUCUCCCGACGGCGAUCAGCCCUAGCCCAGCGCAGUUCCGACGGCGUAGCACCCCUGGUACUCCCCCUUCUCUGUCUCGACGGAGAUCAGCCUCAACAGCCCACGUAGCUCCGACGGCGCACCACCCCAGUCAGCGGCACGAGAUUUAGAUCUCGUUUGGUUUGUUGGUUUCAUUGGCGAAAUGAGAUCUAGACCCAAAUCUCAAGAACACUGAGGUUUCAAUUUCAUGGUGUUCUGGUUUGGUUGUUUGUGGAAGAUAAUGCCGAGAUACAGAGAUGAUCCUCCAGCUGUUCGUGUUUAUACAGUCUGCGAUGAAUCUAGAUAUUUAAUCGUGAGGAAUGUUCCAGCAUUGGGAUGCGGAGAGGAGUUGCUGAAACUAUUUUCAACCUAUGGAGACAUAGAAGAGUGCAAACCGAUGGAUGCUGAAGAAUGCGAAGCUUACACUGAUGUUUACUGGAUAAAAUUUCGUUUAGUAAGCAAUGCUAGGUUUGCAAAAAGAAAAUUGGAUGAGUAUGUUUUUAUUGGGAACCCAUUAAAGGUUUCUUAUGCUCCUCAUUUUGAAACCCUCUCUGAUACCAAGGAAAAACUGGAAUGUAGGAGGAGGGAAGUUUUAGCAAGACCGAAUUCUGGAAGAUCCAAAGAUUCUACUAUUAGAAAUAGGGGUUCUUGGAAUGAGAAAUUAUCGGAAGCAAGUCCUUCACAGGCCAGUCUUCCCGAAAGGGUAAACACUGGUCAAAGGAACAAUGGAAAACGAGAACUUAUUUCUCAUGUUAAUAAUGCACCAAUCGCAAGGGUUUCCUCUGAGAAGGAGUAUUUCCCAUCCCAAUCAAUGAAUCAAACUGUCAGGUCUGUGAGGGACAAGCUCAAUAAGAUUCAAUCCAGUGGUGACCCUUUACAACAUGGGUCUAUCUCCAAGAAACCCCGUCUGGACAAUAGAAGAAGAAUUUGAAAGAAUAAAAAGCCAGCCAAAGCUUUUUCAUAAGAGUCCUUGGGCAAGAGAGGAGUUUGAGGUCAAGUUUCUUCGAUGUACUCAAGAAUGACCAGAGACUCACAAAUGGGUUUGCCUCCAUGAACAAGCACAGGUACCUUUUUGUGAAUUGGAUUGUAUUGAAGAAACAAUUCACUCUUAUUGUAAAUAUCUUCUUCUAUGUAAUCAUACUCAACUCCCUUCAGUUUCAAAGCCCAAAUCACUCUCGGAGGAAAUGGGCUUGCCCAAUAUCCCACCAGCUUUACUUCUUCAUCCAUUAUCAUUGAGAGCACUCUAUUAUUUGAUUACAAGUUCUGAAAUAUCACCAAAAUACUUUACAUAUACAAGUUAAUAUCAGCUAUUUAUUAUAUGGUAGGUGAGAAUUUCUUGUUUCACUAAGAAGACAACCAUUGAGAUUUAUAUUAAUUCAAUGUUUUUUUUUUGAAAAAAAAAAAAUAGAAACAUAAACUGGACAUUGGGUUUAAACAAGAAAUUAUUUUACAAAUACAAAUGAAUAUGAGCUAUAUAUUAUAUGUUGGGUGAGAAUUUAUUGUUCCUCGUUUGACCAAGUAGAUAAUCCUUGUUUAUUUGUAAAAGAUAAGAAACAUAAACUUGGCAUUUUCAAACAAGAAAUUCGUUCUUAUCUUUUUAAUGAGUCGUUAACUUACUUUUUUUUUUGUUGAAAGAAAGUCAUUAACUUACUUUAUUCAUCUCAAAGUCUCGAAGUAAGUGAUCCCUUUCAUAAUUUAAUAUAAAAGUAACCAAUUUUUAGAAUUAUAAAAUGUUUAGUUGAUUAUUAUGGUCAGUAUUCCUUAGAAUCAUAGUCCAGUUUUAUGUAAAAAGACAAAGCUCCUCUCUCUCUCUCUCUCUCUCUCUCUCUCUCUCUCUCUCUCUCGAAUCUUAGUCCAUUUAUAAUAUUCAAAUGAAGAGCGAACUCUUCACUCAUCUUUAUUGACCAAUUAAAUAAAAUCUAGUUUCCAUUUACGUUGAAAUGGAACUAAAUACAUCAACAAGAAAACUUGAAACAAUAUAAUAUCCAUAGGCAACGACAUGUCGACAUACCACCAAGCAAACUAAACAGGAACUAUUUCCACCCUUGUUUACUCUCGUGGAAUGGAAUUCGUAUUAUCUAUCUAAUCUUCCCAUUUAAACAAAACAACAUGCACAACAACACAACGAUCAAAGCUGACUGAAAUAUGAACUUGUGACAUUUUCAUUCACUUGGUUGAAAUCAUCAUCUUCUCCCUAACUGAUUUCAUAUGGAUUAAGAGUCUGUCGUAAUCAGGAAGGCUCUCCUUGAUGAUGGGAAGUUGCUUGAAAUCUUGAGCCCAAGUAUGGAGCCGAGGCAAUGUUUUGGGGUCUAAGAGUUUGAGUCCUACAAGUUGUUCUAUACAUUCAAACCAAUGAGGUAACCAUCCAUGUGAUAUGUCCACCAUGUUUAUAGUCUCUCCCCCAAAGAACUUGGUAUUUCCAAGGCUUAAUUGUUCUUCCAAGAUUUUAAACACUUCUACUACUUCUUUUGCUGCCUUUUCUCCCUUCUCUCCACCACCGGUGCUUGUAAAGAAUGAACCAAAAGCUGGAGCCUGCCAAAGCCAUUAGCUAUUGAAAUCAAAUGAAAAAUAAAUAAAACCCUACUCAUAAAUUAUAACGAUGGCCUUAGGAGUUAGGAUCCUCUUUUCCUAUUAAGGUGACACCUAAUUAGUGAAUAGCACUUUCCAAUAAUACUUUUUAAAUUUAAUUGUACUAAUAUGAUAUGAGACCUCAUGUAAUGUAGUUUUAGACACAUGUCCCUUAGACUUAGAUUACUCAUAAGGGUUAAUUGAUUUUCUUAAAUAUUUUGUUAUAUUACAACUGGACAUGAAAUUAUCAGAAAUUUCUUAAAACUGGUCAAUGAGGACUGUUUUCUUUUCUGCUGUUGAAAAUGAAGGAAUUCUGUUUGUAUUUUGUUUGUUAAAAGAAUAAUAAUUACCUUUUCAACAGCAAAUUGCAUCCAAAAUCGUGCCAAAGCUCUUUCAUAAGGGUCCUUAGGCAAGAGAGGAGUUUGAGGCCAAGUUUCUUCGAUGUACUCAAGAAUAACCAGAGAUUCACAAAUGGGUUUGCCACCAUGAACAAGCACAGGGAUCUUCUUGUGAACUGGAUUGUAUUGAAGAAGCAAUUCACUCUUGUUUGAAAUAUCUUCUUCUAUGUAUUCAUACUCAACUCCCUUCAGUUUCAGUGCCCAUAUCACUCUUUGACUAUAUGGGCUUGCCCAAAAUCCCAGCAGCUUUACUUCUUCUCCCAUUAUUAUUUCAAUUUUGU